UGUCUAUGAAGUCAAAAUACAAGUGUAUGUUUUUUGACGCAGUUUAAUAAAUAAAAACGAUAUGUCGAAAAAUUACGUUGAUUUUCUGUUUAGUAAGCGAGAUAUAGGUCAAAAAAUGAUCUUCGCUCGAAUGCACACCUUUACGACAUCUAUAACGAGGCUGUUGCUGGUAUUCCGGACGUGACGUCACAACACAUGUUUGGCGCAAUCUGAGUUUGUUUAUAUCGUGGAGGUAAUCGUGGAAGAAUGACUGCUAAAGUAUCUGGACGUAUGUGUGUUGUUGCAGGCUGCAACAAUAGACCAUCAGACAGUGUUUCCGUGCACGUUUUCCCGAAGGAAGAGCGACAGCGUGCUGCGUGGACUCGUUUCGUAAAACUUACACGUGCUGAAUGGAGUGGUCCGUCCAAUUACACCGUGAUUUGUUCCGCACAUUUCAACCCCGAUUGCUUUGAACCCCAGUAUUCCUUGAUGAGGGAGUUUGGUAUGACGGUCAAGAGACGUUUGUGUGCAGGAUCGGUACCGUCCAUCUACCCCAAAAGAAAACGGGACAACCUCAACGAGGCAUUCUUGUCGUCCCCAACCCCAGAGCGCUCGGUUGUAGCCAAACGGGAAAGAAACAGGGUUCUAGCUGAAUUACUUGGUCCUGAUCAAGCCACUGAGGAAAGAGAAAAUGAGGGCAUGGAUACAGGAUGUAUGAUGGUAGCCGCAGACACUCUGGGUCCAUCUGGUCCAGAUCCAGCUACAUGUAAUCAACAUGAAGAAAAAAAAACCACAUCAUGCCAGACAACAGGCCCUCGUGCAAGAAGUGUCAGAGUGCAAGUAUCUGCAAAUUUGAAAGAGAAAGGUGUUCAAGCAGAGCUACAACCAAGAAUGAGGAGUAUCGGAGUGCAGUUUAAUGGGAGAGAUGAUAUCCCAGACUCGCAAUCAGCACAAAAACCUGCUUUGACACAUGACUCCUCUAGUAGUGACCAAUCUAUGGCUACUCCUUGUGACAGUGAAGCUGCCUCCAUGUAUGAACCAUCAGGCUCCAGUUCAGAUGAAUCACGGCUUGAUAUGGAGGGUGAAGUACCACACAACCCUUUAGAAGAAAGGAAGUUCAUUGUGAGCGAAGCUCAGCUACUUGAUCUGUUCAACUGCUGCAAGAUGUGCCAUCGGUUUGCCAGAGCAGAUGUGCAGCAGGUAGUUGGGACCAUGGUCCGGAUUGUUACGGAGUGUAUGUUUUGUGGAUACUCCUGGCAGUGGUGCAGUCAGCCAUCCAUUGGAACCAUACCAGCUGGGAACCUUGCCCUGUCUGCCAGCAUCCUGUUUUCUGGAGCCCUGGCAGCAAAGGUUUUACGUGUCCUGCAGUGUAUGGGGAUUGCCACCAUUUCACGGAGAACCUUCGCCACCCAUCAGUCCUCCAUUUUGUUCCCUUCCAUUGCCCGUGUAUGGAACAGCCAACAGAUGGAGUAUGUUAGACGAUGUCAGCAGAAGGGACAGCCCCUUGUCAUUGGUGGGGAUGGUCGAGCUGAUUCUCCUGGUCACUCUGCCAAGUAUGGCUCAUACAGCACCAUUGACUUAGAGGAAGGCAUUGUCAUCGACAUACAGCUAGUUCAAAGCAAUGAAGUGAAGAACAGCAAUGGCAUGGAAAAAAAGGGACUGGAACGGGCUAUUCAAUGGCUACAAGUCCACGAGUUACAAGUUGGGACCAUCGUCACAGACAGACAUCUCCAAAUCCAGAAAUGGAUCAGAGAGAACUUGCCCGACACUGUGCAUUAUUAUGAUGUCUGGCAUGUAGCUAAAGGCCUUAAGAAGAAAAUUGUUGCAGCAUCCAAGCUUAAGGACUGUGCAGAGCUGGUCAAGUGGUGCAAGAGUCUGACCAACCACAUGUACUGGGUUGCGGCCUCCACACCAGAUGGGAAUGGAGAGGUGAUGUGGGCCAAAUGGGAGUCAGUCGAAAACCACAUCCACAAUGUCCACACCGGCCACAACACUUUAUUUCCAACAUGUGCCCACAGCACCCUUGAAGGCAAUGAGCAGAAGAAGAAGUGGUUGAAAGCAGGAUCAAAAGCCAGUGAGAAGAUGUCAGAUCUGAUACUCUCCAAACAGAUGAAGAAGGACAUCCCGAAGCUUUCCCCCCUCUUCCAGACUUCCCAGAUUGAGGCGUUCCACAGCACCAUCAACCAUUUUGCCCCAAAGAUGGUUUCAUUUUCAUACCAUGGCAUGUAUUGUAGGCUAAUGAUGGCUGUCAUUCACUACAAUGAGAAUGCAUCCAGGUCACAAGCUACUACUAGAGAUGGUGACCUGCAGUACAAGAUAAGUUUCCCAAAAUUUAAGCAGGGUGACUAUAGUGUUCGGAAGGUUACAGUGGAGCCUACAUACGAAUACACAUCAACACUGAUGAAGGAAACCCUAAAAUCAGCUACUGCGACAAUGCUGGAACCCAUUGCCUGCCUGCCAUCAGUGAAGCCACCUCCUCUGUGCAGCGCAUUCAUGCACCCUGAAAAAGAAGAGGCAGUGUGUAAUUUCAAGUCACGGUUUUGUAGGAAGGAGACAAGUGUGUGACAGUUUCGACCUGUAGUAACUAGUUGGACUUGAUAGGAAAUGACAUUGUAUAUAUUGCUAUAGAUAGAUUAGUUGUAAACUUUCCUAGUAUAUAUACAGUGUUUAGUUAUUGUAAAUUGAUAAGUUAGCAUAUUGUGUAUUUUACUCUAGUGACAUUUUGUAGAGACUUUGCUUGUAUAUAAACUCCUGUCCCCUCUUACCCUAUCCCUUGACUCUUUAAUGGGAACAUGAAAGCAGGGUCCACAUCCCGUUCCAUGGUUCAAAUUUAUUUUUGUAGCUGAUACUUUCCUUUUCAUAACUUUACAGUGAAAAGGUUUCUUUUUUCAGUUUGUCAAUAUUUUAGUAGCAUAAUGAUGAUUAAUAACAGAGGUGUAAUUAGCUUUUCAUAUCCCAAUCACAUGUACUGUGAAUUUUAUUGUUUUUUCUCGAAUAAUGAUUACUACAAAAUUUA